UAUGCUAGAUUAUGGUGGUGCUCCUACCUCUUUCAUGAUUCCAUCAUUUCAAGCGCCAAAUCAUUUGCUUGAUUCUCAAAUGUCAUCUGUUGAGAAAACUUCAACAGGAAUCUUCUCUGGAGCUCCACUUUUCAAUCUCAGAAUGACAUCACAAACUUAUUCACGGGAGGGCCAUAAACAAAAUAAAUUUUUAAAAAAUGAAGAAGGCCCAUCUUGCUGUAUUAAAAGAUUAUGGCAUAGGGUGCGUCAAAUAACACCUGAGCAGGUUGACAAAUACAGGUGCUUGACGUAUUUAUUUACAAUCUAA